AUGCUGGGCGGUCCCACCGAGGUAGAGGUUUAUCACGCCCCAUACAAGGAAGGCCCCGGUAUGGAAGAGGCCAUUCUCUACCCCCUUCCGCCCCCCGCGGACGUCGUUCCACGGCGUCUGACUGACUCCGAGACGGCUCGCGUUGAGCUGCUCUGCAGACUGCUUUUCUGGUCUACGCUUCCUCAGAGCUUCCGACUUCCGAACGGCGAGGACGUUGCAUGUGUGCUUUGGAACGGUCUUUAUCAUAUCACGGGCACUGACAUCGUUCGUGCUCUUCUUUUCCGUUUCGAGGCAUUCGGUCGCCCCGUGAAGCACACCAAGAAGUGGGAGGAGGGUGUCUUCUCCGACCUUCGUAACCUUAAGCCUGGUGUUGAUGCUUGUCUCGAGGAGCCUAAGUCUGCCUUCCUCGACUUCCUGUUCCGCAAUGGAUGCAUCCGUACCCAGAAGAAGCAGAAGGUCUUCUACUGGUUCUCCGUCCCGCACGACCGUCUCUUCCUCGAUGCUCUUGAGCGUGACUUAAAGCGCGAGAAGGCCGGUCAGGAGCCGACAUCGGUGGUCGUCGGCGAGCCCGCUCGCAGCUUCAAAUAUGACCCCCGCCGCGGUCUCUACGAGCAGUUCAUGGGUACCAACCGCGGAAUGGAGGCGGCUAUCCUGGACCAGGUCUACCCUCUGCAGGCACGCAUUGCUCCCAAUGCUGCUCACAUGAUGCCCGGAGGUAUGGGUCCGGAGGGAUCGAGGCAAUCGAGCAUGGACCCCAACAUGGCCUACGACGGACGUCCCAUGGACGGCUCGGUCGAGCAGAGCAUGUGGGCUGGCCGUGUCGGCAACAUUGAUCCCAACACUGGCAGACCGGUUCCUGAUUUUUUUCAGCCGACCGCCGACCAGUACCAGACGGGGCCAGGGGGAUUACCCCAGUUCACCGUGACGAUGUUUGAGGGAAGUUCGGCGUACAAGCGCAAGCGCACGCGUUCGAAGCGCUCCUCCCCUUCAAAGUCGGUGGCUCCCGAAGAUGAUGAGGAGAGGGCCAAGCGCGACGGAACGGCAGUCUCCACGGUCGGCGGUGACGAGAAGAAGCGCAAGACAGAUUCAGUUCGUGACUCACCGGCACCGGGAGUCGAUGCUGCCAACAGCAGCACCGCCUCGACAGCUGCCCCCCAAGCCGCGCAUGCGGGCGCCACCGAGGAGAAGUCAGCACCUGAAGCGCCACAUCCGGACGCACACGCAGGAGCGUCCGUUCGCUUGCAAGCUUUGUUCGCGCGCGUUCAGCCGGCAAGACAACCUCCUGCAGCACUUGCGCCUGCACCGCAAGGACGAGCCGCCCCGCUCGAGCAGCGAGACGGUCGAGGACUCGCGACUCAGCGCACCGCCUUAUCUUGGCCGCCGCUGGCCGACGCAGUCACCAGCGCCGACUGA